AUGGCGACAGGAGGUGCAGGGACAACGGGCUCUCCAGAACCUGUCAUCCAACCUCUUCCUCGCAACACACCUGCGCCCGCGCCUACAACUACACCCUUGGCCUCAGCAUCCCCGCCAUCGAAAAGAGAAUUGGCAUCAUGGUGGAGGAAAUUUCGGAAGACAACCGAGAAGACGGAUGACAAAGGCGAUAUUGGACCUGGAAUAUUUGGUGUGCCUCUGGCCGACAGCAUCAGAUAUGCGAACGUUGCCAUCUCAUUGCAGAACGAAAAUGGCGAAAGCUUCAUUUAUGGAUACGUGCCUAUAGUAGUUGCAAAGUGCGGCGUGUUUUUGAAAGAGAAAGCCACCGAUGUGGAAGGCAUCUUUCGACUGAGCGGAUCUGCCAAAAGGAUCAAGGAUUUGCAGACGGUGUUCGACUCACCCGACAGAUAUGGAAAAGGCCUGGACUGGACUGGCUACACAGUACAUGAUGCGGCCAACAUCUUGCGUCGCUACCUGAAUCAACUACCUGAACCUAUCAUUCCCCUCGACUUCUAUGAACGGUUUCGCGAGCCUCUCCGCGCCAGUCAUGCGAUCUAUGGGCCCGACGGUGACGUCCAGCCUCGCGACCUAACCAUGGAAGAACACAAUGCAGCCGUGCGAGCCUAUCAAAAACUCAUUACCGAACUUCCUCCUUUGAAUCGUCAAUUACUCCUUUAUAUCCUCGACCUACUGGCGGUAUUCGCAUCAAAGUCAGACCUCAACCGCAUGCCCGCCGCCAACCUAGCGGCAAUCUUCCAACCCGGUAUCAUUUCCCACCCAUCGCACGACAUGUCCCCAAUGGAGUAUAGGCUCAGUCAAGACGUGUUGGUCUUCUUGAUCGAAAAUCAGGACAAUUUUCUCAUUGGGAUGUCUGGAACAGCUGUGGACGAAAAGACGCAGAAGGACGUCGAGAGCGGGCCGCCCUCUGUACGCUCCCCCAAGGUCAUCGGACGCUCAACGUCAAAUGCAAGUGCUGGUGCGGACAGUUUGCGGAAGUACGGAGUCCGGCGCAACGUCUCCGUGUCCUCGCGGGGGUCAAGGGACAGAGGUAGUCCAGGGAUGUCGAGCCCAGGUACACCCCCAGGUGUUGGCUCAUUUGUAGCAGCCAACUCUGGUGGAGGGAUCGCACGAAGCAACACAGUUCCGUCGAAACGAUCGCCCGUCAUCAAGUCUGGCCGCUUCCAGAGAUUGAAUGAUGUCUCCGAUCCUUCCUUGGCAGCAGGCGGCUCUCCCCUGGGAGGCUCCGUGACCCUGGUUGCCAGUCGAGAGGCCACCGAAUCCAAGUCGUCGCAAUCUGAAUCUGUCGUUGCCCCAGACGGAGUCAAUGGAAAUAAAGGUUCUAUACUAACCCAUGCUGGCAACAUCAAAGUGGUGGCGGCUGCUCAGCCAUCUCAACACCGGACACAGUCUCCCCCCGUCACGCCGUCUAUGGGAACUCAUCUCGGCCAAGGCUUCACUCAGGCUGCAGCUCCGGCUCCGGACUCUGCGCCAGCUCCUGCGACCACUCGUGAACGAAAAAUAUCGAAUUUACUUCAUAAGUCGCCUAUCUUUGGCCCUUCGGAGCCACAGGCAAGACAGCCCAGGAAACUGCAGAAGAGGCAGAGAAUUCCUGGCAGCUCCAAUGAGAGCGCGCAGAGCUCUUUGAACUCGUUGCAUGGGGAAGAGCAGGAGGGCUUCCACACACCUCUGGUAUCGCCCGAUAUCAACAGUGGAAGCGCACCAGACCCGCUGGCUACUCCGCAAGCCCCUACCUUGACAAAUACUGGGGCCACUCCCGUCGAUGAGAUGCCUGCCUCGAAUCAGUAUCCGACUCCCAUCAUCCGAAGCAAUGUACACAACCACGUAGCUGGUCUGAGACCCCGGACUAGCCCUCCUGGAUCUAUACACUCACGGUCGUCCUUUACCGAUCACUCGGAAGCCGAGCUCGUCGAUGACACGCUGCCGCAACCCGACCAGGAAAGGCGACGGCGUAGGUGGAGGUUUUCGUCCUCCGCCAAAAAGGGGGAGAAUUCGCCAUUGGCACCUCCGCCUCCUAUCGGGCAAAACCAAGGCGCCGGAGGAAGCAACAGUUCUCUUGGUAGUUUACACCGACCUAGAAAGAGCUUUACGGCCGACUCUCAGGAUGCUUCAGUGACGAGCGGCCAACACCCACUUGCUGGACAGUCGAGUCAAGAAUCAGGUGACAUCUCAAAGGAACAAGGUGGGGAGACUGAGAAGAAGGGUCUGUUUGGGAAGUGGAAGGCCAAGAUGGCCCAGACUAGAGAGGAAAGGCAGGCUGAGAAGGAAAGAGCAAGGAGUCCGCCAGCUUCCGGGAGUGAACAAGGCACAUCGCGGAGCAGCCUGGUUGCCCUCACGCAGGAUCAAUUGGGUCCGCGGGGAAGGUCGUUUGACAAACCACGGGAGGGAUCAUUGUCGACCGUUCCUGAAAGGCCAGCGGGUGAGGGUUCAAAUCAACGCAGGCAAGCUGUCCCGGAUCCGAGACGGCCGGAGUAA